AUGUUCCAUCGGGAUUACGCUACAUCAAUACAAGCACUAUUGCUCAUUAUCAGCAACAUAAGCUGUGGUCCAGUUGGGAGGAUAUCAGAACUCAUGUUUUCUUCUACAGGAUAUUCUGAUUUAUACCUCACCCCCAGAUUUAGGAGAGAAGAUGACACAAAUGCAAUUCCGAUAGUUCAAGCGUCACCUUUGAUCCAUCCGUCAGAAAGCAGAGUAAUCGCAGCGGCCGUCUGCGUAUCACACUGUUUGAGAGAAUGCGUGGAAAGCUUGCGGCGGAAAUCCUUGACAGAUAUCUCAAUAGAGGAUGUAUUGACGAAAGUGCAAGCAUUUCCCACUCAACUCCAAUCUGAAUGCAUAUGGCUCUCACCGGGAUUUCUGUAUUAUGAGGAAUGCGAACAGGCUUGUGCAUCCGAUCAGCCUUACAACGAAUGUCUACGAAUGUGCGAGCCUGGUGAUACUCCCAGUGGCUGGUCCUGUCACAAUGGAUGCCGAAGUUUAUCUGCUGCUCUGAAAGAGCGUCCUGGUGAUUGUCCACCGGAGAUUAUGCCGACAAUUCACCGAAUUCCAGGACUUUCUAAACUAACACCAUCAAUCGGUUGGUUUGGGGAGAACAAAGACAGCCCUAAGAACAUUGGAUUAGACGGCCGAGAUAUGCUUGACAGACAUUUUACAACGCGCUGCUCUGAAGAUGUAGAAUGUGUGCGAGACGGAGAAAAGUGUUGUCAGUCCCAAUGUAAAGAGGCUAUAUAUCGAGAUGAUAUUUUACCUCCGGCUCCAACGGUGCAGGUUUUGGAAGCCCAGAACCCAUCAUCUUUCAUACUUUCUUGGGGACAGCGAGACAUUGGGAACAACUUGUCCGAACCGGUUGUAUAUGUGUUGCAGGUAAAAAGCUACUUUGGACCGGAUUAUGACAGUCAACAUGCUGGGGCAUGGAGGACGCUCGUUAUGACUACUUUGAUGGAUGCUCAGCUAAAAGAACCACUUGUCGGCUGGUGGUAUCAAUUCCAACUAACCGCGGUGAAUCGAUUUGGCUCCCGUGGAUUUGAAUUUCUCUCUCCACCAGUCCAGCUGAGUAAUCCGAAACCCAAGCCGCCUUCACCACCGGUCAACCUGACCUGCAAUUAUAUGGCGCUUCAGAUGAACGGUACAGUUGCGGCGGAGUUGCAAUGGGUACCACCAACUCAAACCAGCAUCCCUGUGACAGAUUAUAUUGUACACUGGUGUUUAAAUGCAACAGGCGCUUGCAGCGAUGUUCCAAAUGUGCCCAAAAUGUGCGACCGAUGUAAUAAAAUUCUUCCAUCAUCGGAAAGCUCCAUCCUUCUUGAAAAUUUAUUACCUGAUUCUCUAUACCGAGUCCAAGUUACAGCCAGCAGUGCGUGGGGCUCAAGUCAUCUCCAGUCGUUGCCGACCACGUUGCACUUCCGUACCCAGCAAAGUUCCUAUUCAAGACACAAGGGUAAACAAGCAAGCAAACAAGCAACAAUGAAUCAUUCACACAUCUGGGAAGACAUAGAAGGAAUGGACUAUACAAUGCCAACCACGAAGAAAUAUCCGCCCACAUUCACCGCGCAGGGGCCGGAAAUACGGAAUGUUCGUUAUCAGAUGAUUCAAAAGCAGCCGCUUCUUUAUAAAAUUAGUUGGGACCCCGGGUGCCUGGAUCCUGAGAAGGGUGGUGAACCUGGCGAAAGCAGAUUGCAUUUUUCCGGAAAUACUUCCAAGGAGGAAACAGCUAUCCAAGUGGAUUCACCGAGAAAAUACAGAGUCGUUUGGGGUCCCAGUCAAGACCAAGCAAUCAACUCUACUUUGUGGAACAAGUCACCGGGACUUCUUCCCCGCAUCAAUCCUAUUUUUACUGAGACUAAAGUGCUGCGGAACGGGGAGAAUUCUAUAUUGCUGAAAUCAUUGAAACCAGGAAGACAGUAUGUCGUGAUGGUGCAAACUAUUGCAAGCACACCCGCGUCCAACAGCAUAGAUGCCUUGGAUUCGAAUGAAAUUUCUUUAACGUCUUCCAAUGAAGUGCUUCCGCCGUCCAUGCAGAACAUAGCCGACAAACAGACAAUGCGUAUUGGCCGCGAAUUUUACUUGUAUUUUGAAACACCGAAGUCAAGCGCUGCCGCAGAAACUUUGCGAUUGGUGCAACGGAGCAUGAAUAGGUUUCAUGGAGCUUCUCCCAUUUGUCAGCCAGAUCCAGCUUUUGUGCUAGCACUGUUUGCAGUAGAACUGUGUUUCUCGUGGUAAAAGAACGCACCUUUUUGCAAAUAGAGGGCAGCUCCUCAAAAAUUAAUUCACCGCUCAGCAAACUACACAACUGCACACACACUGGGGACAACACUCAACCACUAGUGUGUGGUAAACUUGACCACAAUCCAGAACAAAUGGACCACAUCGUCCUUCCUGCAAACUCAGUAAACGUUUAUGAAGAAGAAGGAAUAAAAC